GCCAGCAGGACUGGAGGGGAGGUGGCCCGAGUGCCUCCCACGCCUCCGGAACAAACCGGAGGCGGAAUCCCGGUGGGGGGCGCGGCUUCUUCUUCGCCAGACUUUACUUGCGCGCAAGCAGCGGCCGCAGGGAGCCACCGCGCGCUUCGCCUUUGCGCGGACGCCGCUUUCCUCCCCCUGAGACCUGGUGGGAUCCGGGCUCCGACGCCAAGGAGCGCAGGAUUCCAGCUGCUGCAGUGCCGGGGAUGCUGAAUCGCAGCUAAGUAAGAAGCAGCUAAGUAAGAGACGGGGAGGGUUGCCGGUGCGCCCCGGAGCGAUGGCGCAGGGCGGCGGGGAGUGGCAGAGCUUGGAGACGCUCCUGCGAAGCAGCCUGCGCGUCCUGCGCGGCAAGUGGGGGCAGCAGCAGCCGGAGAGGCUCCCGAAGAGCGACGAUCGCGCUGGGGAAGAGGAGGAGACGACGACGCCCAGCACCUUGGAGGCCCUGCCGGUAAGCGCGCCGCCACCCCCAAGGUUGCCUGGCGCAUCCCAGCAAGGCGAACGGCCGCCGCUUCCAGCAGUGUUGCCAAAAGUUCCCCGUUGGAGCUUCCUGUUCGCUCGGCUUCCCAUUGGUCCCUUCACGGCCCCGCCCCUUUGACGUCAGGGACUUGCACUUUCCAAUUUUUAUUUUAUUUUAAUAUUAUAAAGAUCUGUGGUGCAAAAUGUUUAGGUUUAGUGAAUAUUAGGAUUUAAGUAAAAUUUCUGUGUUAUAACUGGGAUAUGUUAUAAGACAAUCUCUAUGUAUUAGAAAGGGAGUUAUGCAAGGAGGUUGAGGUGUUUAUGUGUAAAGACUGGAUCUUGAGAAUGUCAUCAAGAUCCAAGAGUAUUGGAAUCUGUGGACUUAUGAGCAUCAGCAAUUAACAUGUGAAGAGGUAAAGGGACCCCUGACCCGGUCCAGUCGUGACCGACUCUGGGGUUGCGACCCUCAUCUCACUUUAUUGGCCGAGGGAGUCAGCGUACAGCUUCUGGGUCAUGUGGCCAGCAUGACUAAGCCACUUCUGGUGAACCAGAGCACCUCAUGGAAACGCCAUUUACCUUCCCGCCGGAGUGGUACCUAUUUAUCUACUUGCACUUUGACGUGCUUUCGAACUGCUAGGUUGGCAGGAGCAGGGACCGAGCAACGAGAGCUCACCCCAUUGUGGGGAUUCGAACCGCCAACCUUCUGAUCGGCAAGUCUUAGGCUCUGUGGUUUAACCCACAGCACCACCCGCGUACCCAGAGUAAACCUGGGUAAAUGUCCUAAGUGUGUACCAGUCUUUAAUCCCAGUCAAUCUACAGGUGCUGAUGAAGUAAGGGGAACCCCUUUGUUAGGUGACACCUGGCGGGAGAGAGAUUAACGGUUAGUACUUCAAAGCACCAAAAGAGCUGGCCAUUAGAAUGCAACUGAAUAAAGGAAGCUUAGUUGUUAGGAACAGCAGAAUUAGGAUAAAUGCCUUGGACUCCAUGGCUUGGGGAACAAGCCCCUCUUGAAAUGACCUUGCUGUAAGAUCUGGACUCCUUCCAUGCGCACUUGCAGGUGUAAACAGGUAAAUAAACCAUAUUUUUCAAAGCUACGACAAUCUUGGCCAUGACUUCAAUUCUCCAAGGGAACACAGACCCUGGGUGAGUGCCUGGAACCCCCUGGAAUCAUGCAGAGAGUGGGAAUGGCACCCAACUUUUGUAACAAUAUUUUGCUGUGUGCCAUUCCAGUUUUUGAGGGCGGUGAGACUCCGGGGGUCCCAGUGCCUUUUCAACCAGGGAAUUUCCUUUUGGGAAUGAGGCACAGCUGAGAUUGCGGUGGCCUUAUGAUAUCUGGUUUAUUUACACAUAUAUACAACCUGAGCCUACGAUGGCGGGGUUCACAGAACAAAAGGGUCUUGUUUUCCCCAUAACCACAGGCUUGGAUUGCAGCAAAAAUCUUCUGUGGGUUUUCUUCUGCCUUUCCAGACUGCAGCUUUUUCCUCUAGGUCGAAUCACAGCGAAAGGAGCUCUCAAACUCAGGAUUUUGUUCUUUUCUGAGAGCUGGAGGAGGGGCCCCACCCAUUUGGCAUCUUGCAUAGAGACCCCUCUCCUUUGCUCUCUUAAUGGUCCAUCACGCAGGCGAUUACUUGGCUUGAUGUGUUUUUCACGCUUGCUGGACCCAAGGAUUAAAUGUCUGGCACCCUGUUUAGCACCCCUAGCCUUGCUUAAAUUCUAAUACUUGCUGGAUCCAGUGAUUAAAAAUGUCUGGGUGUUAUGAGACAUUACAGUGGUACCUCGGGUUAAGUACUUAAUUCGUUCCGGAGGUCCGUUCUUAACCUGAAACUGUUCUUAAACUGAAGCAUCACUUUAGCUAAUGGGGCCUCCUGCUGUCGCCGCGCCGCUGGAGCACGAUUUCUGUUCUCAUCCUGAAGCAAAGUUCUUAACCUGAAGCACUAUUUCUGGGUUAGCGGAUUCUGUAACCUGAAGCGUAUGUAACCUGAGGUACCACUGUAUUAGGUAGAUCAGGGGAUUAUUUGUAUAUAUUAUUAUGCCAUUAUUAUUAUUAUUUGGAGGUCCAUUGCUGGGCAUAUUCACACCAUAAAUUUAAAGCAUAUGACUUCCCCCAAAGAAUCCUGGGAACUCUGGUUUGUUCAGGGUGCUGGGAGUUAUAGCUCUGUAAGGGGAAAAUGGCAGAAAGUGAAGAGGAAUUAAAGAACCUUUUAAUGAGGGUGAAAGAGGAGAGAUCAUGGCCACUGGGCCCAUUACCUCCUGGCAAAUAGAAGGGGAAGAAAUGGAGGCAGUGAGAGAUUUUACUUUCUUGGGCUCCAUGAUCACUGCAGAUGGUGACAGCAGUCACGAAAUUAAAAGACGCCUGCUCCUUGGGAGAAAGGCGAUGGCAAAGCUAGACAGCAUCUUAAAAAGCAGAGACAUCACCUUGCCAACAAAGGUCCGUAUAGUUAAAGCCAUGGUUUUCCCAGUAGUGAUGUAUGGAAGUGAGAGCUGGACCAUAAAGAAGGCUGAUCGCCGAAGAAUUGAUGCUUUUGAAUUAUGGUGCUGGAGGAGACUCUUGAGAGUCCCAUGGACUGCAAGAAGAUCAAAUGCAUCCAUUCUUAAAGAAAUCAGCCCUGAGUGGUCACUGAAAGGACAGAUCCUGAAGCUGAGGCUCCAGUACUUUGGCCACCUCAUGAGAAGAGAAGACUCCCUGGAAAAGACCCUGAUGUUGGGAAAGAUGGAGGGCACAAGGAGAAGGGGACGACAGAGGACGAGAUGGUUGGACAGUGUUCUCAAAGCCACAAACAUGAGUCUGACCAAACUGCGGGAGGCAGUGGAAGACAGGAGUGCCUGGCGUGCUCUGGUCCAUGGGGUCACGAAGAGUCGGACACGACUAAACAACAACAAAAGGGGAAAACUACCAUUCCCAAGAUUCUUUCAGGGAAUUCGUGGCUUCUAUAUGCAUGGUGUAGAUCUGCCUGGUUCCGAUACCGUUAGCAUAUAUUUUGUAGUAAAUCUUUUUUAGAAAUAUAUGCAUUCUUAUAUACGUGAAGAGGAAAUUUUGUCAGGGACUACUGUUAAGUUUUUAUGUUUCCUAAAUGAUUUAUGAAUAAAUAUUUAAAUUUUAUUUUCCAGAUAGAUGUGAAGUUAUACAUUAUGUCCUUCCUCACACCCAAAGAUCUGAGUAAUUUGGGAAGCACCAACCACUACUGGAGUCUAACAAUCCAGGAUCCCUUGCUAUGGCGUUAUUUUCUCAUCCGCGAUCUUCCUUCCUGUCAUUCUAUUGAUUGGGAGUCAGUCCCUGAUGCAAACAUAUUUAAUAAAUCCAUUUUUGAACUUCAUAAUAGUGCCUCAUGUGACUACAUGGCUGCGUAAGUAUCCUCUAAAAUUCCAUAUAGGUAAUGUACAUCUUUAUAGGCAUAUGAAGGAUUGUGCUGAAUGCCUCCAUAUUUUAUAUAUAUAUUAUUUUAUAUAUACACACACACACACACACACACACAAAUAUAUAUAAACAAAAAAAGGAAAAGGAUUUAUGAUAGCAUAAGUUAAUGGACUACUCUUCAGUAAUAAGUAAUUUAAAGGUACAAUUUCAUGCUAAAGCCUGAUUCUAAAAUUACUCCUCUUUUUGUAAACAUUCUUUAACUCUUGGCAUCAAUUAUAUACUUGCCCAUUCGUAUAUCAUUAAAAUCUGUUGGGCUCUCUGAGUUCUCAGCACUGAGCAUAUUCUUGUGUUUCUUGUGUGGGGCCCUUCAACUCAUGCUGAGUCUUGCCUUACUCCUCCUAAGAUUUGGCACUCAGUUUUCAUUAUUAUGGGGUGGGUUGUUGCUUUUUAAUUUUUACACAGGUACAAGAAGUGUUACUCCAGGCGUAAAAGAUGUCCGAAAGCCAGCCGGCCCUAUUACGGAUCCGUCAGUUCCUUUCUGCAGUCGCUGAUCACGCAGGCAGAGCCUCGCUUUGCAAUGUUUGGGCCGGGCUUGGAAAACCUGGACGAAUCUUUGGUGCACAGAAUGAUGGCGAGCCCACAUAUUUUGCCACUGGCCGGUAGACCUUCUAGACAAAUGCACGGUAACGGCAUUUUCUUUUCUUUUAAACAAGCAAACGAAAAUGGCCAUGGUGAACAUUUGAAGCCUUCUUAUACUGUGUGGGAUGUUUUCUGACCCUGCUACAGAACGUGGUUCAGCUGGAGGCAGAGUGAGACCAGCCCUACCCGUUAGGCAGAGAGAGGCAGAGGCUUCAGGUGGCAAAUGCUGGUGGGGAGGUAGUGAUUGGAUGUUUGUGUGUGUGUUAUGCAGCCUGCCCCCUGUAGGCCCCAAGCUACCCUUUGAAGAAGUAAGAUUCAGCUGAUGGCCCAGUGGGUUGUCUUGCUGUCUCAGGGAGCAUCAUGUCUUGGGCGGGUCUGACAGAAGGUGCCAAGUAUUGUGCCUUGCCACUGACCCAUUGUCUCUCCUAAAGCAUGCUGGCCAGGUUGGUGGUUCUGUGAAUUAAUGGAGGACUAAGAUUUGACAAGGGGAUGCGGGUGGCGCUGUGGGUUAAACCACAGAGUCUAGGACUUGCCGAUCAGAAGGUUGGCAGUUUGAAUCCCCGCAACGGGGUGAGCUCCUGUUGCUCGGUCCCUGCUCCUGCCAACCUAGCAGUUCGAAAGCACGUCAAAGUGCAAGUAGAUAAAUAGGUACUGCUCCAGCGGGAAGGUAAACGGUGUUUCCAUGCGCUGCUCUGGUUCGCCAGAAGCGGCUUAGUCAUGCUGGCCACAUGACCCAGAAGCUGUACGCCGGCUCCCUCGGCCAGUAAAGCAAGAUGAGCGCCGCAACCCCAGAGCCGGCCACAACUGGACUUAACUGGAUUUGACAGGACCAAGCAGUAGAGGAUCAAGUUGGCCCAUUUGUCCACAUGCCCAAAGCCAAGCUUGGUCAAGUUAUUUCGGCAACUGAAUUGGAAAAUUCACAUAAGCCCUUCUGUCCCUCUCUGAAGCAGAGCCUAAAUAAUUUAUUGCAGAAUUUAAAAACAAAACAAAAAAACCCACACUGUUGUCCGUGACACUUAAAACAGCAGCUGCUUCAGUUUGCCUAAUAUCAGUGCCAAUCUAUUAUAUCUGGGGAAUUUAAAGCUCAUGCUUUCAAAUGACACACUAGGCUGUCUCUGAGGGAACCGGGCAGAGGACAUUCUUGGUAGUGGAAUGCCCUCCCUUCAGAUGUCAAGGAAAUAACCAUACAACUUUUAGAAUACAUCUGAAGGCAGCCCUGUAUGGGGCCAUUUUUAAUGUUUGAUGUUUUAUUAUGCUUUUAUACUUAUUGGAAGCUGCCUGACCAGAGUGCAACCCAGUCAGAUGGACAGGAUUCAAAUAAUAAAAUUAUUAUUAUUAUUAUUAUUCAUAUAUGAUCUUCUGAAAACCUACCAGCUCUCAAAUUCUUUGCCUUUCAUUUCUUCUUUCUUUGUUUCAAACAGGGAUAGGAUCAGGGGUCACAUUUCGUUUGAAUGGCCAGAAAUUCACCAUUCUGACAUUGUAUACAAAAACUAGGUAAGUUGUUAUCCAAGGUGCUGUUUUUCGCUUGCUUGCUUUUUUCUUCUCAAGCAACGGUAUUCCAACAGGGAUAGGAUUGUCCCAAAAGAAGAAAAUUCUAGAUUCUAUCAUAGUGUAGAUUCACACAGGAAUUUUCAAACACUAAUUGGAUUGUCUCAAGAGAAGAGCAAGCCCAUUUCAAGAAGUGCUUAUUCUGUGCAAGUUUAUUCCAAGGAAACCUUUGGCCACAAUCUGGGACAUGGCCUCAUUUGCUCAGUUCACUCAGCAGGAAUGUGGAAACUUGGAUUCCCAAGAGCCAGAGUAGACCUGUGAAUUGUUUGUCUGCUUGAACUGCCUGGCCUAGAUGUGUACAAAAGACUACACUGUUCUUUCUUAAGGCACUAGUCCUUAGUAACUUCAGUUCUGCGUAGUUCCUCCCUUCCUUCCUUCGUGCAUAGUAUCUGAAGAAACUGGUUUCUCUCCUCUCUUUCCAGCAAGGAAAGACUCAGAGCGAAGGAAGAGGACACUGAUCCUGUCAACAAGAUGUUCUCUACGGAGUCCAGUAUUGAUGGGAAAACGCAUUACAAUCUGAUCGAGCCCGUUAAAAACAUGUGCAGACAAAUCGAUGGGUUCAUCUAUGCUGCAGAUGCCGAGGUUGAUAAAAGUAAGGAGCUUUGCUCUGUGUGGGUCAAAAAGGAAUAAUUAUGUUAUACCACCCAAUCUGUUGGGGGAUCUGUUGUAUUCUGUAUAGUUAGUUGUGUGUAUAUGCUUUAUACCAAUGAAAACCUUUACAAACUAAAUAAACGUAAGGGCUUCUGAAUGAUGCCAACAUAGCUUUUAGGGUACAGCUGGCAGAGGGUGGCAAAGCCUUUAUCUUCCUCAUUCUCUUUUUGCAGGAAACAACCGUCAACUUGAAUUUGACUGGCUGGCAGCAAUGCUUGACCCAGUCCUUGGCCCUACAGAUAGGCCUCUGCUUGUCCUGUCCUGCGUUUCCUGUGCUGAGAUAGAAAGGAUUCCUUGUGUUUACAUGGCGCAUCAGCUGCAGCUGAACCUGCUUGGCCCGCGGCCAUGGAUGGUAGCAUUUAUUAUUAUUAUUUUGCUCUUGUUUGUUUUGUUUAAGUGUCUGCCCCAGCCUGCAUUCCACUUUUGGAAUUAUGAAACAGAUUGACAAUAGGUUCUGGAAGCACUAUUACUCCACUUGGUGUAAAUUGAGGCUACCAAUCUAUUCUCAGUUAUAUGGGAGUAAUCCCUGUUAAACCCAAUGUGACUGACUUCUGAGUAGAUCUGUGUCAGGGAACUGCCAUCGGAGAUAGAGGCGGAGAGAAGGCUCCAGAGGGAUGCCGGAGAGGGUCCCAGUAGGGAGAGAGGCAGCCCAUCUGCUGGGGAAGGAAAUCAGCGUAACACCAGUGGAGAAGGGGGGCAGAUGGGGGGAUCGGAGAGGAGGCUCCAAGACUCCUCAGCAGAGAGAGUACGGGUCCUCCGCUGCCCACACCCUCCCUGCGCAGAAGACUUCCGCGCAGGGAGAGUAGGAGGAGACUUGGCGUCAAACAACUUUUAUGCUGGAAAAGGUUCAAGAAACGCCCACUGACGGAUUCUGCCAGUGACUGAGACAGUCACGAUGCUGGAGGCUGUUCAGUCAGAAAGGGUUUAACCAGGUAACCUCGCCAGCAGUGGCGGCAACUUACACACGAGCAACCCCUAAAUCCAUUACAAUCUGUAUAGAAUUUAACUGUAGGUUACAGAACUAGCCUGUACCUAGGAUGGCUUUUUUUUUUUAAAACAAAGGAUUACAGUGGUACCUUGGGUUACAGAUGCUUCAGGUUACAUACGCUUCAGGUUACAGACUCCGCUAACCAAGAAAUAGUACCUCGGGUUAAGAAUUUUGCUUCAGGAUGAGAACAGAAAUUGUGCAGUGGCGGCGCAGCGGCAGCAGGAGGCCCCAUUAGCUAAAGUGGUACCUCAGGUUAAGAAUGGACCUCCAGAACGAAUUAAGUUCUUAACCUGAGGUACCACUGUACAGUCGUAUCUUGGAUUCUGAACACCCUGGAACUCGGACGUUUUGGCUCCUGAACGCCGCAAACCUGGAAGUGAGUGUUCUGGUUUGCAAAUGUUCUUUUGGAACCCAAAUGUCCAACAGGGCUUCCGCAGCAUCUACUUGGCUGCAGGAGCUUCCUGCAGCCAAUCAGAAGCCAUGCUUUGUUUUUUGAACGUUUUAAAAGUCGAACGGUCUUCUGGAACGGAUUCGAUUUCCAAGGUACGACUGUAUGUCUAUAGCAGCCUGUAGGCCAGAUUUAGCCCACAAGGGUAUUUUCCCUGCACUGUUCUCACCUGCCCACAUGUCAUAUGUGAUACCAGGUGUGGGACAGGCAGAGAUGCAGCUGCCGAUUGGCAGCCUUAAGGUGCAUCGCGAGUUGUGCAUUGCGAAGGGAAUGCAGGCUUUAGCUGGAGACUGGUGGAGUCAAUGCCUGCCAGAUAAAUGGUGUAAAACAGGAAGUUCGCUCACAGAGGCAAUGCCUACAGAAAGCAGGCCAGUGUGGUGUAGUGGUUAAGAGCGGUGGACUCGUAAUCUGGGGAACCGGGUUCACUUCCCCGCUCCUCCACAUGCAGCUGCUGGGUGACCUUGGGCUAGUCACACUUCUCUGAAGUCUCUCAGCCCCACUCACCUCACAGAGUGUUUGUUGUGGGGGAGGAAGGGAAAGGAGAAUGUUAGCCGCUUUGAAACUCCUUCGGGUAGUGAUAAAGCGGGAUAUCAAAUCCAAACUCUUCUUUCAGCUCCAUGCCGAUCAAGCUGAAACCUCAAGCACCUUAGCUUUGUGUAAGAUACUGACAUUUGCUUCUUUCUUGGCUUUUACAGGUUCAGGAUACUGAAGUUUCCACGUUGGAUGGACUGGUAGAUGGAAUUCAGUGGCUACUGGAACAAACCGAAUGUAAAAAUGCCCAGUAAAUCAGGCAUGCUUACAAAUGCCAGUGUGAUUUAAAAGAAAAAGAAAACAAAUGCCUUAUUUACAAGCAAGACUUGAGGCGGGCACAAUUUCUACUUAAUUUGACAUGAGCUGAGAAGAGAUUUUUGUGCAUAACAUGGACCAACAUUGUCCUAAACCUGUUGCUAUUUAAAAUGCAGACUGGAUAAAACGGAAAAGGGAGGGAUUGUAUCUUGGGGGGGGGCAUUGGCAUAGUGGUGGCACUCCUCUUAUGCUAGUGCCCCUCCCCAUUGGCAAGUUUAUCCAGUAAUAAAUCUCUGAGAGGUGCCAGGCUACUGCCAUUUAAAUUUCCCACAAUGACUUCAAUGUAACAUUGCUCUGGGUCAGCAUUAGUGAAUUACGAUGGUAGGCACUCAAUCCUGAUCACCAGAUUUAUUUAUUUAAAAAGUAACUGGGGGGACGGGACUGGCAGCUGCCCAAAGAUGUCAUGUGGUGAUGCCAGGCUUGCUGGAUUCUAGUUGUGUUAGGCUGUUUAUGGUGCUGACAGUAUCCAAUGCAGGUUGGAAUGUCAAGCUUUUAAUCAGGUAAUUCUGGACCAUAAUGCACACAUUUAGUGGAAUCUCUGCAACGGUACAAUAGACGGGUAACUGAUGGACAUUUCUUGGAGUGGAGAAUAUGAAUGACCAUUUUAUCAAGUGCACAUAAGAGAAAAGUUGGCCAUGUCAAUCAAUCAUUCAAUCUUUAUUACGGUCCAGAGACCCAACAAAUCAUUACAAAUCAAUACACAAUUCAUACAGCCUACCUCCAGGUUAAACAAGCAUUUUGUUUAGAAUAUAGGGCUCAUUUAUUCUUGCAACCACCGAUAAAAACUUUGCCACUGCUAACGUUCUAGCAUUUGUCCAGUCUUCCACUAGGAACCUGACAUAGUGAGCCUCUGGUUUUCCCGGGAAAGGUACCAGCAAGGGUAGUAUCAGUUCAGCCCUGGAGUUGGCCAUGUGCCCCCACCCAAGUUUGUUGUUAAUGUCCAACAUGUUUCCGAAAAUGAUUUCAAUCUAAAACCCAUACAAAAGGGGUCAAUCUAAAACCCAUACAAAAACUCUCUCUCUCUCUCUCUCUCUCUCUCUCUCUCUCUCUCUCUCUCUCUCUUACCGUAUGUCUCAGGAAACCACUUAAAACAUCUUAACAAAGAAACUUGCUCUGGUCAAAUUCAUUGGGAACAACCAAUCAAACCUUACCUCUUCUGGGAUGAACCAAACACAAUAACUUGAAAUACAAUGCAGUGUCUUUCUGAACCCAGUUCUACUGGAAACUACAAAUAUUGUUUUAUCAGGAGGGGAAAAAGGGGGCAUUGGUGAAAGAGAACAAAUAAAACGAUAUCACAGCACUUUCUAGUUACUCCUUUUGUUGGAACAUUGCAAGAAGAAAAAAAUACUAUGGAGGUUUUUUCCUUGGCCAUAUGAAG